AUGAUAAAACGAUUAAAACAUGAAAAUCAAUUAAACAUACAUUUAAAAUCAUUACAAGGUAUUAUUAUUCCAAAUCGAAUUACAUCUGGAUAUUUAAAAACUUUAAACUGGUUUUAUAUUAUAUGUUAUGAAUUUAGUGGAAAAUCAAAAGAAUUCGACAAGUACACAUAUGAUGAAAAACAAAUGGCAUUACAUGCACUACGUCAAUUACAUUUAAAUAAUGUUUUACAUAACGAUUUACGCUGGGAAAAUUUUCUUGUCAAUUAUGAUGAUAAUAAUGAUAAACAUAAUCAUAUUAUGCUAUGUGAUCUUGAAGAUGCGGUGAUUCUUAAUGAAAAUGAUAUGAGAAAAAAGAACUUAUUUCAAAAAGAAGAAAAUAAAUUAAAAAAAUUAUUAAGUUAUACAAAAUAA